AUGCGUCCCGUCCCGACAUCAGCGGGCUCUGCCCUGCGCACCUGGACCCGACACACCCUUCCUACCAGCUCCACCUCCGCUUCCUCAUCCUCUCGUCUUGCCAUCACAGCUUCAAAUAUCCCCCAACGACGACUGGAAUCCUCCGGGGCAGCAACAUCCGGUAGCUCCAGCUUCCAGAGCCCUUUCCGGACGCCCAAGUAUGAUACACGCAAGAUCCCCAGCUUCAAGACGUACGAAUCCAAAAACUCCGAGGUCACGAAUCGAGUCUUUCAAUAUUUUAUGGCCGGGUCAAUGGGAUUGUUGGCUGCUGCCGGGGCGAAAAACACCGUGAUAGACUUCCUAGAAAACAUGUCUGCAUCUGCCGAUGUGCUGGCCCAGGCCAAAGUGGAAAUCGACUUGGCCUCCAUCCCCGAGGGCAAAAACGUCAUCAUCAAAUGGAGAGGAAAGCCAGUCUUUAUCCGUCACCGUACUGAAGACGAGAUCAAGGAGGCUGAAUCUGUUGACCUCUCAAUCCUCCGUGACCCCCAGAAAGACGCCGACCGCGUCAAGAAACCCGAGUGGCUUGUCAUGUUGGGUGUCUGUACACAUCUGGGAUGCGUCCCCAUCGGCGAAGCUGGCGACUUUGGUGGCUGGUUCUGUCCUUGCCACGGUUCGCAUUACGAUAUUUCGGGACGAAUCAGGAAAGGACCUGCGCCAUUGAACUUGGAGAUACCUGAAUAUGAUUUCCCUGAGGAGGACAAAUUGAUCAUUGGUUAG